AAAUCGAUCUUAACUGCUCUGGAAUAUGUCAGUUCUAAAAUUUGCUUAAAGAAAAAACAUUUAAUCGCACAGCUCGUGAAAUAAUUCCAAGUUUUUUAUAUACAAAUGUGUUAUAAAUAAAAGAAAAAUCUUUAGAAUUAAUUUAUUAAAUACAAUGCAAUAAUUAUGCUUUUCGAGUUUGACGAAAACCAAAAUAAAAUUUUAAAGGAGCCAUUCUUUGGUGGCAAUAUUGUGGAAAAAUUAAGAAAAAACAAAAACAACAACGGAAAGUGAAAAACCGAAAGAAGAAAAUAAUUGCAUUUUCCGCAAAGAAAGAAAAGUUUGCGGUCAAUUUUUUUUCCUAAAACUUCCAAAUACUAGUCAAUUGUGAAUAGCCAAGUGCAAUUGGACAAAUCAUACCAUCCGGAGGCGAUUCGCAUAUUCAUCUAGACAAGGCAUAUAUCGUGUUUUCUUGAUUGUCACUUGUCACCAUAAAAAUAUGCAGUUAGUUAAACAACAUUCGUUGUUAUAUUAUAAACAAUUUUUUACAAUUGUAUUAUUUUACGGCGUCAUUUGUUCGGUUUCAGGUGCCUACAAUGUGGUUAUCAAAGCGCCUGAAGCUGUUCUAAUAGGAAAUAAAAUCAACAUUACUGCGAUUGUGUAUGAUGAUGGCCGCUUGGCGAGUUCGGCCAAUUACAAAUACCAUUGGUCCGAUAACGCGCUACAUAGCGAGACAAUUGCUGCAAAUCAGUCUAUCUCGAAUUGGACGAUUCAGUAUCCUAUGAAUAAAACUAGUUUGGAUGUUUAUAGGAUUCGUGUAAUUGUUGAGAAACAAUUUUCAUCAUUGCUCAAUAUUUGGAUAAACGUGGGUCAACAAAGCACAAAUCUAAAAGUGACAAAUAUAUUGGGCGGUGAAUUAGGUUAUCUUCAAAGUGGAGUUAAACGUAAAAAUGAAUUUGUCGCGACAAAGAUACCAGUUAAUCAUACAAUUAUAUUACCGAAUGAAGAUCAAGAGUAUUUAAGCAGAAAUGCAACCUAUGUAAUGACAUAUUGGUAUCAAAAUUGCACCUAUUUAGGUGUAACGAAAGGGUUAAGCUAUGAGGCCGUUUAUAAUCAAACUAAUCAAACUUACAUUAUUGAAGCUGUAGUGAUGGCUUCAUUUAAAAAGAAACCAAUUACUACAACUACAACAACUACUACUACACCGGCCCCCACUACUAGUAGUACCAGCAUCACCCCGAACACUACCGCUGCUACUACUACUACUACUACUACGACAACGACCACUACCCCGAAGCCCAUCAUUACCGCUUCGACAAAGAACCCUAACGUUCUCACCACCAGUACAAUAAAGCCAUUUAUUAAUUCUACCUCGAUGGCAGCGACAAUUGCAAGUAGCAAUUCUACGGGCACAACGGGCAGCAUUGAAAUGAUAAAGAAAAGAAAACGAGACGCAUUAUCAUCCCCGCUAAUAGAUGCCAGUAAUAAUAAUUUGGUAAAUCAAUCAACCGAGCGCCAGCAACCGGAGCAACAGUCGAUGGAUUUAAUUAGAAAUUCUUUCAAUUUAUCGGCGGUAACAAUAAAUCCCCAUUUAAAUCCUAAUUUUAUAACAGCAGAGCAGCAAGAGUUAAGCACUUCGACAUCAUAUCUCAUGUUAACAUCGCCACUUAAUUGCGCUACCAAAGAAAUAAGUCAUAACGAUGAUGAUGAUGACUACCUUAUCCAGGGCUAUUAUAAGCGCGAAAUUAAGCCAAAAGAUGCUAUUAGCAAUUUUUCGGUAUCCAGUAAAACUUGGCUAGAACACGGCGACAUUUUAAAUAUGGAGGUUAAAUGUAAAGGCUCGCCCAAUUUUGAAUAUUGUUAUUUGGUUUAUGAUGCUCCUUACAAUUCAACUGGUAACGAAUCUUGUCCAUUCUUCUAUAGUAUAAAAGAGUGUAAAAUUAAUUUUAAACGUUACUAUUCGGAAAGUAAAACCAUAUUGUUUUUUAUACGCAACGAGGUUUCUCAAAUCUUUAACCAAGUGACGAUUAACAUUUACGAAGUUAAAAAACAAUCUCAACUGUCUGUGGUCGUGGUGCCCGUUACUUUCACAUUAAUUGCCAUUAUAUUAAUUGUGUUUGGUGUUUCGUAUUAUGUACAAAGCCGUAACCGAUUUAAUGUUGAAGUAGCAGAUUUUAAUUUCGGCGAAACACAAUCUGUGGAUAUGGAAUUUAAGACAUUCCAUCAGCGUUUAUACGAAAGUAUAUGUAAUGUAUUACCACGUAGAUGGCGUUUUCCAUUGGCGAAUCAUGGCAUGGUACCGGAGACGGAGAGUGUCGGUGGAGUUGACAGUAAUAUAGGUUACAAUACAAUGAAUUGAAUUUUUUUUAUUAUUAUUAUUAUUAUUAUUUAUUUGGUUUGUUAAGCAAAGUAAGAAGACGGGAGGGGAGUAUGUUGUUAUAUGUAUCUAUCAAGGACACAAUUUGCAAAUGUUUAUAGAGAAAAAAAACCAUUUAAGAAAAUAUAUUCAUAUUUAAUUUUUUUUGCUUAUUAAAAUAAAUGAGAAAAAAAUUUAUAUUUUGUAAAACACGUUGAUCAUUUAAUUAAUUAAUUGUAGUCUAUUUCACUUUACUACGUCCCUUCUUUUUAAUAUUUGUAAACAUUUCUUCUCGUAUUUGUUGAUCCAUAUAUAUAAA